AUUAUGAGCAAAGAUUAUAAAUAGCUGGCAAUCCAAUAUCAUUUAGCCUAUUCGAAUGUUAAAUAAAGGAUUGAUUUAUCUUAGAGAGCACUUAAUGUAAAAAUUCUUAGAUUAUUAGACUAUUGAUUUUCAAUUACAAUUGGAACAAUAUUAUUAAUCAAUGAAUAAAUCAAUUAUGGAUAAAUAUGAGGAUCACAAAUAUGAUGAAGUGUUUUAAUUUAUACUCACUAGCAGUUCAAAUAAAUACUAGACUCAAGAAUAAUUGAUUUGUGAUUUGAAAAAUGCAAGGGAAGAAUUCUCAACCAACAUAAAUAAUUAUUAAUAAUAAUUAUUAAAUUUAAAUGAUAAAAAAGAAAAGUAAAAUUAAAAUAUAUAAGGUCUAUCAAUAAAUUAAAAGUAUCAUAAUAAAAGUUAGCUUAAAGUUAAUCAUUUUAUGUUUCUAUAACAAAAGUACUAGUAAGAAAUACUUUGACUCUUGAUUUGGUAAACGAUAGUGUUGAUUAAAGAUUGGGACACAUGAAAUCAAUCUAAGAUCUCAUUAAAAAUAAGGAAAAUACUUAUGGAAAUUACAAAAUAGCAAUAGAAAAAUUUAAUUAAUGUUAUAAUGAAGUAUUACCUGAAAUAGAGAUAUAUGUAAGUUAAAUAAGAGAAAUUGAAUCUAAUGUGGCUGAAUGUGUAAGAUAAUUGUUUCAAAAAAUUGCUUUGGCAGAAGUAUCAGCAUUAAGAAACAGGUAUUAUAAAGAAUAAUAUUCAGGCAAUAUGAUCUAGAUUAGGUGAUAAAAUAUUUGGAAAAAGUAGACUUCACAAAAAUAAGUAAUGUUUUUAAGUUUUCUGAAGAAGUUUUUGUACCUGCAAAAGUUGAGUAAUUUUAAACUUACUCUUCAAAAACUGUUGAAAGUUAUCUUCAUAAAAAUAACAUUGUUAAUUCAGAUGAGAAAUCUUUAGAAGAAUAAGAAUAACAACAAUAGUUAUAAUAAGAAACUCUUUCACAAGAAUAAAAACAAUAGCUAGAUGAAUUUUCAACUUCUUUAUUCAAUAAAGCCGAUUUAUCUGAAAAAUUAAUAAAUCUGAUUGAAUCAAACCUUAAACAAAAUAAUGCUUUAGUGAUAUUAGAAUAUUUAUAUUAACGAAUCAAGUAAAUAAUUUUAUGAUUUAGAGCUCCAAUUAUGAUUGGAAAGCGUAAUUAGUCUAUGAUUCUGCCAAUGUUUAAUAAAUUAUUGGAAUAUAUUUCAAAAGAUGGAAUAACCAUAUAAAAGCUUUAAAAAUUAACAACAUUUAUUUAUUAUUAAUAAGAAGAAGUAGUUUCAUUAUUUUAGAUGCUAUGCUAAAAUCCAAUUUUUUCAAAAAAAACUGAUUAUUGGGAAUGGUUAAUCUUUUGGUAAAUAAAUUAAACAUGUGAAGGAGUUACAGAAUCUGAUAGAUAAUUAAUUAUUUUCUAACAAUUUUAAAAUACUGUUUAACAAAUGGGUUAAGCAAAAAUACCUGUUUCAAUAAUAAACACUUUUAUAUCAGAUUUAGCACCCUAUUACGGGAUAAAAGCAUAAUAAAUUGAAGAAAUUAAGAAAUUAUUAUCAAGAUUUAUUUUAGCAUAAUAAUAAAAUCCAAAUUCAAAAUUGUAAAUCCAAUCUUUUGAUUCAGUAGAAUGA